AUGGCCGAAGCUUUAGUCACUAUUGCUGCCGAGGGGAUACUGAAAAAGGUUUUGUCUAUCGCUGUUGGCGAACUCGCCAUUUCUUGGGAUUACAAAGAAAAGCUGACCAGCCUCCACAAGACAUUGGAACUGAUUCGUGCAAAGCUGCGUGAUGCGGAGAGACAAAAGGGGAUAGAGGCUGUGAUGGUGUGGCUGAAGCAGCUAAAAGAUGUAGUGGGAGAAGCUGAUGAUGUGUUGGAUGAGGUUGAUUACGAAAUGUUGAGGUGUCAGAUAAAGAAACAAGAUCGGAUGGCAAGAAAGGUAGUGUGCCUUCCAAGCUUGAAAAGGUUUUCAUUUCGUUAUAAAAUAGGUCAUAAAAUCCAAAACAUCAAUGAAAAGUUGCUUAAGAUCAAUACAGAAGCAAACGGUUUAGGACUACAAAAUGAACACCAUGUUGGCCCUGUUAUAGAUCAUCUCUAUUGGAGGGAGACUAUUCCAAAUCAAGAAGAAUUUAAAAUUGUUGGUAGGGAUGAUGAUAAAAUGCGUAUCAUUGGACUUUUAACCCAAUCAAGAAAAGAAGAAAAACUUAGGAUUGUUCCGAUUGUGGGAAUGGGUGGGAUAGGGAAGACUGCUUUUGCUAAGUUGGUCUACAAUGAUAAAAAGAUUGAGAAACAUUUUAAUGUUAAAGCAUGGUUGUGUGUUUUGGUUAAGGUUGACAUCAACACACUUCUCGCAAGGAUCUAUGAAUGUCUUUCCGAGAAGAAACCUACAUCAGACUUAAGGGUCAAUUUAAUAAAAAGUCUUGAAGAGAAGUUGGCAUCAAAAAGAUAUUUGCUCGUCUUGGAUGAUGUUUGGGUCGAAGAGAGGCCAUAUUGGGAAGAGUUUAGGAGUUGCAUGCUAAAUGUUAACUCACAAAAUGGAAGUGGAAUUCUUGUCACUACAAGGAAGCUUGAAAUCGGAACUCAUCAUAUGAUCAAGGAUUUAUGUCAUCUAAAAGGUCUUUCCAAUGACGAGUGUUGGUCAAUUUUUAGAGAAAAAGCAUUUGUGGCAGGAAAAUCACCAUCGCUAGAAAUAGAGGUUAUAGCGCACGAGAUUGUAAAAAAGUGUGGUGGUUUACCAUUAUUAUUAAAUGUAAUAGGUGGAAUGUUAGCAAAUUACAAUGACAUGGAGAAAUGGUUGUCCAUAAAAAAUAGCAAGGUGUAG